AUGGGCCGCCCUGCCUGCCUGCUGGCCUGUGCCUUCGGCGCAUUCGGCGCCUUUGGCCCCUGCCUCCAGCUCUGGGCCGGGCCGAGCUCCCGCAUAGUGCGAAGAGCGCAGGGCUUUGGCGGCUUUGGUUCGGACUUUGACGAGGACAAGGCCGAAGAUCUUGUGAAGGACAUCAACACCUUCAUCGAGGAUUCGCUUUAUGAGGACAUGCUUGCGCGUGAUCUUGAGGAAAGAGAGGUGCUUCGCAACCUGACAGUGACAGUAGCCAACGACACCACCAAGGUCACAUUGGUUGGGACAAAUCACAUUAGCCAGACGGCAGCCCGUUUUGCUGAACGCAUCGUGGCCGAUGUCCAGCCCAGUGCCUUGAUCUUAGAGCUUUGCAGCGAGCGGCUGGGAACACUCAUCCGGGGCAAUGGCCAUCGAGGCACCCAAGCCAAGAACUGGAUGGACCCGGACGAGCCGGAGGUUGUGCGAAGACAUCUUGCGAGGAAUGGGGACGAAACUCGAAGCGCGUUCCGUGCCUUCAUGAAGAGCACAGUGUCUAAAGCAUCACGUGGACUACUGGUGUUAGCAGACAUGAAAGCAUCCGUGGUGGAGCAUGAUAUCGAAAUCUUGGGAGACUUUCUGCUAGACCGCCGGGACCCAAAUUUGGCACGCAACAUUUACCGCGCCGCUAUGCUCGGUCACAAAAACAUUGUGGCUGUACUUGGUGCCAACCAUUUGAGCGGAGUUGCACAGGAGUUGGAGCAUGAUGGGAGAGCCAUGCCCCAGCACGGGCUGUACAUCUCACAGUCCGGCUGCAAGAAGCUGCAAGAGCGUCAAAGAAAGCUGAAAAAGAAGGUGCCUCCGAAGAAGUGGAAGAGGCGAGACUCGUUGCCGGAUCGAUCGGGGAGAAACAUGGAGAUCUGCCUGACAGAGCUCUGCAACCAUGAGAAGAUUCUGAACAGCCUGGGGAAGGAUGCUCUCGAGGCAAGCAGCUGGGAAGAUCUUGAAGCAUGGCACCGGGAGGAGUGCCUGUGA